UCUUAUCAGUAGUCAUGAAGUCCGUGUAAAUAGUCAUACCAGUCGUCGUCUCUGUUUGUAGAGAGAGAAAGUGGAUAGAGAGAGAGAGAGAGCUCCCGCACAAUCAUUGCGGCAGCAUCGCCGGCCACCGCGAACUACGCCGGAGAACAUAUCGUCGCUGCUAAAUUGCUCAGCUCACAAGUAAUGGUCGGUCGAGAGGUUGUUGUUCUUGUUGUCUUGCUAAUCGCCAUCGCUAUGCUAUUGCAAUCGCAUUUCGUUAUAAUUCUUGAUCAUUUCCUUAUUCGAGCUGUAAUUGUAUCGAUUGAGAUGAUGAUAGCGCGUAGCUGUGAGACCCGCAGCAAUCUUCUGAAAUUCAACAAAAAAAUGUCCGCCGACAACGAAGAAGUUAACACACAGAGAUUCCAAUCAUCAAUCGGGACAUCAUCUUCUUCACUCCCCAAACAGCACCAGCCGCUGCCACCAUCUUCUCCUUUCCUGAUGAACCAGCUCGACAUACCCCAACUGAACAUGCCACAGUUUCGCGGCCAAUUUCGCCACCAGACCUCCCCAAACGCCGGCCUCGACUUCACCGGAAGACGGGCCGGCAUUCCACCUUCCCACCCCCAAAUCCCCCCUGUUUCCCCUUACUCACAGAUCCCGCUGGGCCGUCCUCAGGCCGGAAUCCAGAAUUUCUCCACAAGCCCAAGCCCAAGCCCGGCCCACAAUCGGUCCCUCUCCCAGCCUUCCUUUUUCGCUCUCGACUCACUUCCCCCUCUCAGCCCAUCCCCUUACCGCGACUUGGCCCAGAAUUCCAUUCCUGACCAUGUUCUCCCCGAUGUCUCCAUGGAUGACGUGGCUCCUUCUCCAUUCACGAGGGGCGCCGCCAGCUCAUCAAGAAUCAACGAGAGCCUCCCGCCUCGAAAAGCCCACCGGAGAUCCAACAGCGAUAUCCCGUUCGGAUUCGUGGCCGUCAGCCAAUCCUCUUCGCCCAUUCUCAUGCCAGCUCAGCCUCAGCCUGUGCAACUGGUCAAGAAAGAGUCGAGUUGGGAGACUGGCAAUGCCGAGGGCUCGGGCGAGAGGAAAUCCGAAGGGGAGGUUGCUGAUGACUUGUUCUCGGCCUACAUGAAUUUGGAAAACAUCGAUGCCUUCAAUUCUUCCGGGACUGACGAGAAGCUUGGGAAUGAUAAUAACCGAGAGGAUUUGGAGAGUAGCCGGGCAAGUGGGACCAAGACGAACGGGUGUGACAGUAGUGAUAACGAGGCCACAAGCAGCAGUGUUAAUGAGAAUGGGAACAACAGCUUGCAGAGAAAGAGGAAUUUGGGUGGAGAUAUUGCCCCAACCACGCGUCACUAUAGGAGUGUGUCCAUGGAUAGUUUUAUGGGGAAGAUGAAUUUCGGGGACGAAACGCCGAAAAUGCCCCCAUCACCGGGGCCCAUGCCUGGCCAGCUGUCGCCGACUAAUUCGGUGGAUACGAACUCGAAUGCUUUUAGCCUGGAGUUUGGUAACGGUGAGUUCACGGGUGCGGAGCUGAAGAAGAUCAUGGCAAAUGAGAAGCUUGCCGAGAUAGCAUUGAGUGAUCCCAAGCGUGCAAAGAGGAUCUUAGCCAAUCGGCAAUCGGCUGCUCGUUCGAAAGAGAGAAAGAUGAGAUAUAUAGCAGAGUUGGAGCACAAGGUCCAGACCUUACAGACUGAAGCAACUACAUUAUCUGCCCAACUUACUCUGCUUCAGCGAGAUUCUGCUGGACUGACUAGCCAAAACAAUGAGCUGAAGUUUCGCUUGCAGGCCAUGGAACAACAGGCUCAACUCCGAGAUGCUCUGAAUGAAGCACUUACGGCAGAGGUACAACGCCUGAAGCUUGCAACCACCGAAUUAGCUGGGGACACCUCCAAGUUUCAGCAACUUUCAAUCAGCCCCCAAAUGUUUCAGUUACGCCAACAGCAAAUGGCUCAAAUGCAACACCAACAACAACAGCAGCAGCAAAAACAGUCACAACAAUCAAACGGCAAUGGCUCUGCAAAUAAUAAUGACUACUCUUCAUCCCGCACUUUAACCGCCAUUUACCACGCCUCCAAAACCCUACUUCUUAGGUCCCGCCUGCGAGUAGCCAAACCCAACCCAAUGGCAGACCACACAGCCCUUGAUAAUGCUUCCAAUGGUUCAUCCGCCGCCGAUUCCCCGUGUCCGGCUCCGGCGCCGCCGAGCGCGGAGGAUCUAGUGGCCAAAGCCAUAGCUCCGGUGAAAAGAGCUUUCCUCCGCCCGCCGCCCGUCAGGUCCUGCGAGGAUAGAAGCGACAACGGCAAAGCUGAUGGAAAAGCUUUCGCCGCGAACGAUGCUCCGAUUCUCAAGGAGAAAAAAUCUAAACGCCAACUGAAGCGCGAGAGGCUUCAGGAACAAAAAUCCGCACUGCAUAUAUGUCCAGCGGUAGCAAAAAGUGGGGAUGUUAGCUCAUGUCACUACAACGAGAAAUGCCGCUAUAGUCAUGAUCUGGAAGCAUUCAAAGCUCAGAAACCGGAUGAUUUAGAGGGCAUCUGCCCAUUUGCAAGUAUUGAGGGGCCGUGUCCUUAUGGUCUGGCUUGUAGAUUUGCGGGCACACAUAAGGAUGAUAAUGGUGAGGUUGCUAGCAAAGCAAAUGGUGAAGAUAACAGGAGAGGAGAAAUGAAUGGGUUGAAAAAGGAAGUUCAGAAGGUUUUAUGGAAGAACAAGAUGAAAUUCCCGAAGGCAGAUGCUGCGCUCAAGAUUCUCGGGAUUGUGGCAAGGACAAUACCUUUUACCGGGCAGGGAAAGAAUAAAAAGAUGGGGGACAAAGACAAUGAUGUUACCAAUGGCUCUGGUGAUGCUGAUGGAAAUUGUUGUAAGGACAAAUUAGAUGAUGCAGAUGCAGAUGCAGCUGAAGAACUUAGGCCUCCUAAAAAAACGAAAUGCUCGAUUGAUGAAACUGGAACUGCUCCUCUUAAUGAUGAUUCAGUUCCCGAAGAGAAGGACACGGAGCAAAGCUGCAAACGGAAUGAAUCAGAAACCAUCAAUGAAAAUAUUGUGGAAAACAAUGGUCAAUGCUUAAAGCUACACCCAAGGGAAAAGAAACUCAUCGACUUCCGAGAUAAGAUUUAUCUUGCUCCUCUCACAACUGUGGGAAAUCUACCAUAUCGCCGUGUCUGUAAGAUUCUGGGUGCUGAUGUCACAUGUGGUGAGAUGGCAAUGUGCACCAAUCUCUUGCAGGGUCAAGCUUCGGAAUGGGCGCUCCUAAGGCGCCACUCAUCAGAGGAUUUCUUUGGUGUCCAGAUCUGUGGUGCAUUUCCCGACACUGUUGCAAGAACAGUUGAACUCAUAGAGCAAAACUGCACAGUUGAUUUUAUUGAUAUCAACAUGGGGUGUCCAAUUGAUAUCGUUGUCAACAAGGGUGCUGGCUCUGCUCUCCUUACAAAACCGAUGAGGAUGAAAAGUGUUGUAGAAGCCUCUUCUAGAGCAGUGGACAUUCCAGUAACUCUCAAGGUACGAACUGGUUAUUUUGAGGGCAAAAACCGAAUUGAUUCUUUGAUUCAUGAUAUGGGAAACUGGGGAGCUAGUGCAGUAACAAUACAUGGCCGGACACGUCAACAACGGUACAGCAAACUUGCUGACUGGGAUUACAUCUAUCAGUGUGCACGCGCAGCACCUUCUAGCCUUCAGGUUCUUGGGAAUGGUGAUGUAUUUACUUAUUUGGACUGGAACAAACACAAAUCUGACUGCCCCGAGCUCUCUGCUUGUAUGGUUGCCCGAGGGGCAUUGGUCAAGCCUUGGAUAUUUACUGAAAUCAAGGAACAGAGGCAUUGGGAUAUAAGUUCUGGUGAGCGGUUGGAUAUCUUGAGAGAUUAUGUGCGUUUUGGCCUUGAGCAUUGGGGUUCCGAUUCAAAAGGUGUCGAGACCACCAGGCAUUUCUUGCUGGAAUGGCUUAGUUACACUUGCAGAUAUAUUCCAGUUGGUCUCUUAGACAUUAUCCCGCAAAAGAUAAAUUGGAGGCCACCCUCAUAUUUUGGCCGUGACGAUCUUGAAACAUUAAUGGCAUCUGACUCCGCAGCUGAUUGGAUAAGGAUAUCCGAGAUGUUGCUUGGCAAGGUGCCUUCUGGUUUCACAUUUGCUCCCAAACACAAGUCAAAUGCAUAUGACAGAGCAGAAAACGGCUAAAAUGAGGCACGUUUGAUUCUUCUGUGAAAAGAAUUAUCUAAGAAUGAGAAGAUUCUGCUUAAAGAGGGGUAAAAAGUGGGUUUUGAUACUUGGAGCCUCAUAUUUUUCAGAAUCGACAUAUUUUAAGACAUCGGUCUGUGGAGCGUGAAAUAACUAUCAGAGUUUAGUCCGAACUUGUUUCUUAUCAUAGAGUACUUAUAAAAGCUUCAUUACACCUGGUAUGUAUUUUAUUUAAUUCCUGGAUAACAUGAGGUUUUAAUUUUUAUGCUAUAAAACCAUAUAAAUGGACCCCUAUAGUCUAUAGGUGGUGGCUGUGGUCUUUCUGUUGAACUGGUUUUUUUGUUCAUAUUAGUUCAUUUGAAAAGUAGAUUUCAGUUUACUAGAAAUAAAAAAAAUAAAGAAAAAAGACAAAUUCAAAGAAAAAAU